AUGGAGUUCUUUCUUGGCGACCGGUUCGACGAGUUGACUCGGCGGGCCGAGUCGGUCUUUUCCAGAGUCCGGUACUCGGACGAGUCAACUCUGUUGUCUCGGCGAGAGCAUGUGUUUGGACGCAGGAGUUAUGUGACCCAGGCUCAAGUUAUGGGGUCCAAACAUGAAAUUGGAAUAGAUUGUGGCGGUGGAGUGCUCAAAGUAAAAGUCGACGGAGAAACAAGGCUAGUGGUCAAAAGGCUAGCUUGGAAAUUUAGGGGGAACGAGAAAAUUACUGUUGGUGGAGUGGAAGUAGAGUUUUAUUGGGACGUGUUUAAUUGGAUAAAUAAGUGUGACAUUCACAAAAAUGGGAGUGCCCAUGGUGUAUUCAUUUUCCAAAUUGGUGAUGGUGGAAUUUGGCCUGAAAUGGUUGGAGCUGAGAAAAAAUUAAUGAGGAAAAGCUUGUCCUCUGUGGUGGCGGCCGCCGGGCAAUCGGGCAUGUCAUCGGUGUCUUUGCCACCGUCUCCGUCGUGCUCUAGUGUGUUGCAAUGGGCCGAGGAGAGUAGUGAUUGUGGAAGGAGUUCAUGUUCGUCUACAAGGUCAAGUGGGAGUGCUGGAGGAUUUUCCUUGUUAUUGUAUGCUUGGAGAAAAGAGUAG